ACCAGCAUCAGCAUGUUUUGUAUGAAUUGUUUUCAAUAGGUUGUACAUGAAUUGUAACGUGCUAAUUUUACUGUCUUACUUGAAAAAAGUAAUUUUAAUAAACUGGCAAAAUGUCGGACGAUCUUCAGACUCUGGUGGCUAUGGGAUUUCCGGAGAACAGAGCGCAAAAGGCUCUUUCUAAAACUGGGUACAAAGGUGUUCAGUUAGCCAUGGAUUGGAUGUUUGCCCAUGAAGAUGAUCCUGAUAUUGAUGGGGCCGUUGCUCCUUCAGAAGGUCAUGUGUUAGGCAAGCCUGAAGAUCCACCAGCUGACCCAGUGAAGAAUGACAGCGAGACAACGUUGGCAUCGGGGGAUGGAGAGGUUGUUGGUGAAGGGGAAGCAACUGCAAAUCUGCAGGCCAAAUCAUUAAAAUGUGACGAGUGUGGUAAACUUCUUAAAACCGAGGAGGAAGUGCAGCUUCAUGCGGCGAGAACACAACAUGCAAGCUUUUCAGAAACCACAGAAGAAAUCAAACCCCUGACAGAAGAAGAAAGGGCUCAAAAAAAGAUUUUAUUAGAAGAAAAACUGAAACAGAGGAGAAAGGAGAAGAUGGAAGAAGAACGGUUGGAGAAGAUUGAACGAGAGAAAGAACGGCGGACAUUUAAUAAAGACUUAGGAAAAACAAAACAAAAAAUGGAAGAGCAAGAAUUAAAAAAGAUUGCUGAGCAGAAAAAACGUGAGAAACUAGAGGAAAAGAAAGCAAGACAAAGAGUGAAAGAGCAGAUUGAGAGAGACAAGUUGGAGCGGGCUGUUAUGUUUGGUAAAAGCAGUACCAGUACUACUCCACAACAAACCAGUCAGCUUCCACAGGUCACAUCCCCAACCAGUCAAACUGCAGCAUCUGCCGAAACAUCAAAAACAUAUGACCAGUGCAAACUUCAGAUUCGCCUUACCAAUGGGCAGGCUCUAACCCACCCAUUCCAACCCAAGGAAUGUUUGGCAGCUGUUAGAUUGUAUGUAGAGAUGAACAGAACAGAUGACCACACACCAUUCUCGCUUAUGACUUCGUUUCCAAGGAAGGUUUUUACAGACGAAGAUAUGGAAAAACCUUUAGAUCAACUAGGUCUAUGUCCUUCAUCGGUGUUGAUGGUAACAAAGUUAAAAUAACAGAUUAUGAUUUCUAUUUUACAAAUAUUAAUGUUGUAAAAUUGCUUGAAACUAAAUUACAUUAUGUCCAUGUAACUUUUAGCUCUCCUGUUCAAAACCACCGAAAAUGUUAUACCUCUAUCCUUGUUUAGUGGUUGUGGCCAUUCGCUUUUAAAUAGCCAUUUACAAUUGUUAUUUUAAUUUUAAUUUUAAAAAAUGAGGUUUUCUUUGUAUCAAAGGUACAGCCGAGAAGUCAUAGGUUAAAUAACCAGCAAACUCUGAGUAACUAAAUAAUUUCUCAAAGUAUGAUUCACUUAAAGUUACUAAGUAAUGUUUGAUUAAAAAAUAAUAAAAGGAGAAUGUACAUGUGUUUCCAAUUGAGCAUUAAUUAAAAAUAUAUUUAUUACCCCAUUGGGCACUCAAACCGAUUUGGUGCGUACAAACCAAUGACUUUGUGGGUAUUAAAUAUGAUGUCAUCGUGAUUUAGCAGGCAGAUAAAUGAUGUCAUAAACUUUAAAGAGCAUGCAUUUACGCCUCUCCAUUUUUAGUGAUAAAUUUGUUAUAAAAUUUUAUUUUAAUUAAAUUAAUUAGAUUUUUUUUUUAAUUAUUUGUGAACGUGAAUAAAAUAGUUAUAGCAGCACCCAGAACAGUAUGUAACGUGGUUUACAUUGUUUCUAUAUACAUUAUACAUGUAUGAAUAUAAAAAAUAAAAGGUAAAAUAUAGCUGAUCUAAAGCUCAUGAAAAUUAUUUCAGAGGACGUAAAUUUGAUAACUGGUAACUUGUUGAUUAUCCUCUAUUUAUCAUAUGCUAUGAUGGCAUAUUCAUAAAAAUCAGUUUACACCCCUUCCAAUAGUAUGUACAUACCUUUUAGUGCGAUAUUACACUGUAUGUAGAAAGAAUCCAGCAAGUGACUUAAGACUUUUUAUUUUUUUUAUUUUGGUAGUCCAAACAGAUUUCUUACAUUUGUACAUACAAAUUUAUUAAUGUUCGAAUAACAAAUGUUUAUCAAUAAACUUGUUUUCAUACAA